AUGGCUAGACAGUCAAUUGUAACUCUAAUGGUAGAAAGAGAGGAGUGGGUGAUGCCGCCUAGGGGUGGAAAACCCAUAUCAAGGAAAGCCCAUUUCCUCCUUCCGGCACUCACUGCAGAGGAUGAUGCAUCAUCAUCGAUGGGGCUGUUCCAUAAUUUCAUGAAUGAGAGCUCUGGCUCAUCAAUUUCCAGCACCCAGCUCCCUCUCAAGGUCUCCUUCGAUGGCUGGAGAAAGCCUACCGACCGUUGGGAACAAUGGGUCUCCCAAAUGCGCCCACGCUAUCAGUCUCUGUGGGAGGGUGCAGGAAUUUCGGACGCCAUCAAUAGCUCCAUCUCCACCAUCAUUCAACACAAGGACGUUGUCCUAGAACUCUCUGAAAGAUGGUGUUCGGAGACCAAAUCCUUCAUAUUUCCAUGGGGAGAAGCUACGAUUACACUCCAAGAUGUAGCCGUUAUAGGAGGCUACAGUCUUGGAGGUUGGAUGGACAGAUUCAUGGGCAGUGGGAUUGCAAUUCAUCUCUCUAGGGGAGCUAGAAUCGUUUUGGCCCCGGCUGUCCUAGCCAGCCUUUACAGGGAUCUUGGUUUGCUCAAAAGAUGCGAGCAAAUCUCUGUUCGUAAGCCAUCUAGAUCCAGGUCGACAUUGCCCGAUAAAAUCACAAUGUGGGCUCCAUUUCAGUUGGUCCAGGUUUGGAUUUGGGAGAGGUUUGAGUCCUUGAGGCCACUAGGCGUUAGGACAACGCUAACCUCUGUACCAAUAAUAACUAAAUGGCACAAAGCAAAUACAGAGGAGGUCCCUACAAUUGAAAAUCUCGCUCGAGUUUAUGAUAAAAGCGGGAAGACCUUUAUGUGGAGGCCGUACACUACUUGUGAUUAUUAUCAAGGGUUCAUGUUAGAACUAUACAAGUCGAAACAAGUGAGGAAGAUAACUGUUUAUUACCUAAAAGAUGCUCUCCAAAACUAUAUCCGAUGUGUGAACUUGUUGGGUUAG